UGUUGCUGGUGCAAGACGGAGAGUGGUUUACUUAACAACACCAGUGAUGCUAUGGAUAAGAAGAAUGCUCCCACAUCUAAGAGGAGAUCCUCUUUCUUCGAAAUAUUCAAAACACAAUGCAGUGAAUCAGACUUAGGACCAAUAAGUCUCAACUGGUUUGAAGAACUGAGUUCAGAAGUUCCACCUUAUGACUGCAAAAUACCAGAAGAUGCUGAAUACAAUGCUAACUGUCUGGAUCAGUGUACUUUUAAGAUGCCAAAGAAGAAGCUGCUUACCGAUCGCCAAUUAUCAUCAACUCCAACGAUUUUUAAAGAACAAAGCAAAGCAGAAGCAGACAAAUCAGUAACAGAAGACUCUGCAAUAAGGACAAAAUUGGACCAACCAAAUGCAGUAGUCAGUCCUCCAUCGAAUACCUGUCUCAUUUCAAGCCCAGCUGUUUUAAGAGAAAUAUGUGGAACGCCACUAGGAAGUAAAUGUGUGUUAAAUGGAAGUUUCCUUUGUACACCCAAAAUUUUUCAGGCUCAGACACCAAAAUGCAUUUCUGAAAGCUUGGGAGCAGAAGCGGAUCCUGAAAUGUCUUGGUCAAGUUCAUUAGCUACACCCCCUACACUUUCCCCAACAGUCGUAAUAGCUAAAGGAGAUAGGGCAUCUUCUGGAACAAAGCAACAUAAUGAAAGACUUGCUUUGAUCAUGCAAAGUCUUUUAUCAAAGUAUAGGAGAAGUCCUGGUAAAACCUGUGUGAACGUACUGUCCACAGCAAGAAUGGAAGACUUGCGUUCAGAAGCUGACAGCAGACACCAAAAUUCUGCAAUAUUAUUAGAAGAUAGCUUUGGAGCAGACAUACUUCCCAAUAAGUCAAGUGUAAACCAAAAGUCACCUGAUGUUUUAGAAGACAAAGAGAUGCAUGAAGAGACUGAUAGUAUGGAAGAUACUGAGAGUGGUUUUUCUGUAUGCCUUGCAAGUGGCAAAACUUUCCAAAGAGAAAUGAAAACAGCAGUAUGGAAGAAGAAGAAGAAAUACUUUGAUAAAGUGAAACAUAAUGGCCUUCAAGAAAAUAAUGCAAUGAAAGAGGAUUCUAAAGAUGCUAAUAUAGAAGAAUACGAAACAGAUUUAAAUUCCUUCAGGUGUAAUCUGCAGACAAUGAGUAUUCCAAGUAACAGAACACAAAACUCUGUGGAUCGAAAUAGUAUGUGUGUAGAAGAAGAAAUGCCAUCAUCUGUACUCUCUACAUGGUCUCAGCUGGACCUGUCUGAUAUCGAAAUAACACAGCUGGAAAAAGUGUUGUCGUAUAAUAGUAGCGCACCUUCUAACGUAUAUGUCAAAAAAAAUUCUGAAGACCCCAUAACAUCUGUUGUCAAAGAGUGUGCUAGUACUAGUACUUUAGAAUCAUGCAUACUAAACACAUCCAGUCUAAUAAAUGUUCACAGAUUAUUGAACAUUAAUUCUCCAGAAAAGCCACCAGGUUGUGAACAUUCUUCACUCCCCAUAGAAAAGGUAAACAAUAGCCCAACACUAAUGACAGGUUGUGAGAUGAAGCAGACUUCUGCUAUAAAUUACUCAGAAAGUGCUUCCUCCUUAAUGGAGAACACAACGUUUAUGGAAUUCUUUAAACCCCAUAGCAAUUGCUGUAAUAAAUUCUUGAAAAAAAAUUCCAAGGCUUCCUCUGUCUCUCCUGGAGACAGUAUUCCCACACCCGCUGCUAGUGAUGGUGGCAGGAGGAGACUCACAGAGUCAGGUAUGACAACGAUGAGCUCACUUUCCAGUUUUAAAAAGCGACCCAAAAAAUUUGUUUAUUCACUAAAGGACACUCCAGUAUAUCAGGAAGAAGGAACUACACAGGCUGUGGGAUCUUCUUACCUUGUGCCAUCUGGUGCAUCAUUAAAAUCUUUCAAGUCUGAGGUUUCUGGAACAGCCAUUGGAAAUGAAGGGCCAACUGAAGAACCCUCAAGUGGUAAUGAGUAUGCUGAAGAGAAACAGAAAGUAGGAUUUGAAAAAAGCUGCACUCAGACUAACCCUUUUCAUGAAACUCUGUUCAAUAAAAAAUCAACCAUGGGAAUGGAUCCGUUACCAACACUUCUACACAUAGACGGGAAAAACAACACAAAUCUACCUUCAAGUAUUAUAGCUGCUAGUCAAGGAACAGAGUCAAGUGAAUAUAAGAUUAAUGCAAGUAGUAGCAAAAAUACUUCAGAAAAAGAAAACAGUGCAAAGCGUGCCCAUCACACAAACUGUUGUUCAUUCCAGGAAGAAAGUCUUGAGGAAUCUGUGUUGGCAGUGCAAGCAUUGAAAAACGGAAAUGGGCAAGAACCUCUGGAAUUAGCUAUACAGCAUUCUUUGGCAAGUAGCACUCAAAGAACAGAGCUAGAGCAUUUGUCAAAGAAAACAUCAAAGCCUAAUGUAGAUGAGCCGUCUAAGUUCAUAGUCUUGGAAAAAAGUUUAGAUCCGAGGCAAUCUGUGCUAGGUUAUGACAAGGAGAUGCAGUUAGGACACACAGGUCAUAAUGAAAACCAAUGUUUUGCUGACUUCAAAACUUCAUCCAAAAAACGGAUAGUUCUGUCUGAUGACAACAUCAGAAAAGGCAAAUUGCUGUUUAAAGACAUAGAAGAUCAGUUUCUUAAAGAGUCUCCCUGUGAACAAACGCAGUGUAUUCCAAAUCAAAAUGUACAAGAAAAUGCCGAAAUUCCUGCAGUUAGAAUAAAUAGAUUAAACAAAAACAUAUCCAAAUUUUUACAUGUUGCUGAUUCACAAGUGAGCCUUAUUGAAUGUGAUACCCAAAACAUAUUCCCUGAAUUUUUCCUGAAUGCAUCUUUUCAGAAUGUGCUUAAAAAUCAACAAACUGAAGGAAAACAGAAUUUAACAGCAAGUCAAGAAGCAGAGGUCACUGAACUUUCUAAUAUACUGGAAGAAGCAGAUAGUCAGUUCGAAUUUACACAGCUUAGAAAGCAAAGUCAUCAGAAUUAUGCUGAUAAAAUAUCUGGAAACAAUGAUAAAAAUCAAAUAACUAAACUUGAUAUAAAUCAUGAAGCAUGGGAAGAUGGUUUUAAGGAAAGCUGCAAACCAGUAAUUCAGAGAGCCACUUAUCAGUCUCCUAGGAAUAGAGACACUGCUAAAGAAUUUGCAGUGCAGAAGCAUAACAAUGAACAGUUUACAUCAGAUAAUUUGUCAAGCAGAAAACAAAACAGGGAAAGCUUUGUUUUGAACAUGUUUACACCUCUGCAGUGUAGCUUGUCUGGUUCUGUGGAGUGUAGAUCAGCUGGGAGGAAAGAGAGUGCUAUUUAUAGUGAGAUCUUUAACAAACCUGGAAAAUUAGUUAGUAAUCUAGAGAGAGUGGAUGAAAUGCAUAACCUUCAUAAAACUAACUUAAAAAAUAAUUGUUCCAACAAAUGUAAAACUUGUUGGAAUAAUCCUGAAAAUAUAAAAGAAAUGGGUACUGAUUGGCAUCAGAUAGUCAAAGAAGCAAGUGCUGAAUACGUGAAGAAAAAUAAUGCAAGAGACGCUAUUACCUUUGUGAAAGAAAAGACGGGGAUGAAGGCAAGUGGAACAGGUUCUAAUGAAGACAAUAUUGUUCAUAUUUCUGGUACGACAGAAGUUAAUCUAAAAAUUGUUCAUAAGUAUUCUAUUCGCAUGACAGGAAAUGAACUGUCAGCCGUUGAAAACAAUCACAGUGUAUUAGUCUCACACUGCUAUGUAAACUCUGAAGAGAUUCAUUGUAAUGAUUUGCAAGAAACUUUGUCUGACCUAACAUGUUUAGCUGAAGUUACUAAAACUGAACUGAACUCCACUUUGAAUAAUGUAGAUGAAAAAGAAAACCUUAAUUCUAACCAAUGGGAGAAAAAGAAAUGCAGUCCAGAAGGUGAUUAUUUAGUACAUACCAUGGCUGGUCAGAACAUUCUUGUUUCCAAGACAGGAAAAAAUGAAAUGCAUCAUGUAAUGGUUGACUGCUGUGUAGGAGAAGAGCUAGAUGAUAUGACAUCAACUUCCUAUGGCAGGACAGAUGUUGGAAACAAGAAAGGGGCUGUUACUUCUGUCAAAAAAAGUAUUGACUUAAAUCAAAAUGAAACCUUAAAACAAAAUAGUACAAUGGGUUUUCGCACAGCUAGGGGUAAGCAAAUUGCAAUCACUGACAAAUCUUUAGCUAAGGCAAGGUAUAUUAUUUCAGAAGAAAACGCUUUAACAGAAGAAGAUGGUCUUAGUACUUUUGUCAACCCUGGCAUUCAGCAUUCAAUAAAAGAAAAAAAGAAUGAGAACGUUACCAAAGUAAGAAAGGAAUUUGAAGAUAGAAUUGAAAAGAGUAAUGAAGUUCUAGAUCCUAAAAGUGGUUCUGAAGAUCCUCUAGAUCUACUGUCAUCUAAUGUUACCAUUAAGCAGACUGAGAAUCUUGAAACUGUUAAAGAACUUUAUGAAAGGAGAAAAAAAUAUGACAUAAAUGAAGGCUUGGUGGAAGAGAACAGUCUAGCACAUACAUCAAGCAAAACUGACAGCUCAAAAACUGUAUUUAUAGAUUCUGAUAGAGAUCAAUGUUUGCAUACUGAAGAAGGGUCUGGUAUGUAUGCAAAACAAGACAUUCAGCAGCCAUUGACUAGAAACACAAAUAAUGUAUUGAUUGCUAACGACAAUUGGGAUUUAGUUUCUUCAAAAACUAGUUCUUCUGUUUUAAAGGAGUGUUCUGCAUUACAUAAGUUAUCUGAUAAUAAUGACACAAAUUUCCAUGCAAAGAAUAUAAUUUGUAUGUCCCAAAAAACAUCACCAGAGUGCUUUAGUGCAGAAGAUUUUAGCACCUUUGAAGAAACAUAUAAAAAUGAUGAUUCUACAGUCCAGAAAUGUGAUUUAAACUUAUUGGACAUGAACAGCUUACAAAAAGAUUCAUCUUGUAAAGUACCAGGCUUGGCCUCAAAGCUUUCAAAAGCUAGGCCAGUUGCAUUCAGUACAGCAAAUGGUAAAGCUGUUAGAGUUUCUCUGGAAGCAUUAAAAAAGGCCAGACAGUUGCUUCACAAUGACUGCUAUGAACCCACAAAACAGAAUGUGAAAUUUCAAUCUGAAACUAGUAAAUGUGGCAUUUUAGAAAGCUCCACUGAUACCUUAGGAACUGCAGAGCAAUUAGCUAUGGGAAAUUCAGUUGCAGCCCAAUUUCCUGUAGCUGAGAAAUAUAACUGGGAAGAUAAACAAGCAUUACAGUAUGAGGGGCGCUUAUCCUUGGAUGCUGAGCCUCAGCCAAGGAAUCAGACGCCAUGUUUUCAAAUGAUUGAUAAGCUUUCGGAUAGCUGGGCCUCCAGCAAACUGAAUCAUAUCAAAUCAGAGUUUUCUAGAGAUACUGGUAACUCUGAAUUUUUUAGCACAGCAAGUGGUAAACCUGUACAGUUAACUGAACAGUCAUUAAAAAAAGCAAGACUACUUUUUUCUGAUCUUGAAGAAAAUAAUCCAUCAGUUCACACAAGUCAUGUGUCAAAUGACAGUUACAAUGAGGUAUUUUCUAUUGGAAAUAAUAUGACCCCUGGAAAAUGCAAGCCACUAGUAUCCCAAGGACAAAAUGCUGAAGUAAAUUCACAACUUUUUUGCGGCUUUAACACAGCAAGCGGGAAACGAGUGCAUGUCUCUGAGAAAGCUCUGCAGAAAGUUUCUGAUUUCUUCAAAGAAAUUGAUGAUACCAGCAGCUUUGAGGAUGGACAAAGUUUACAGUGGGAUCAUAUUUCAACUAUAGAAGCUCCUUGUGUAGAACAUAAAGCUGAUGAAACUACUUCAAAAUUUAAAUUGCAAGAGAAAUGCAAAACACUUCAUUCAACUCCAAGCAAUCCUAAUAAAAACAAGACUUUGUCUGAAUCUCAUGCUGAGAAGUACAGGCAGCUAGCACAAUGGGAAAAAACCUUUCCAUCUGCAAAGGAAAUAGGACUUCAGGAAAGACACCAGCAUUGCCCCAAAAGGAUAGAAACUAAAAAUGCAAGAAAACAUGACAGUGUUACUGAAGGAAAUCUGGAUUCUUACCCUGUUUACUCCCAAACUCCAGAAAAUGCUUUGGAAACAGAAGCUUCAGAAAGUGCCAAAGCAUUCAUGGAAGAUGAUGAGCUCACUGAUUCAGAAGUCCAGAAAAAUAAAAGAACAUUCAUCUUUGUUCCUGGGAAAAUAAAUCAUUUGCUAUCAAACACAAGAACUGGAAAAAGGCGCAUAGAAGAAGAAAACAAAUUUGGAGAACCUCCUAUUAAAAGAAAAUUGUUACCUGAGUUCGAUAGAUCAGAAGGGCCCAACAAAUGCUUUUUAAAAGCCUCAAAAGCUACUCCAGAUGAUACAAUACAUGACAGAAGAAAGUUCAAAUACAAUAUUGAGUUAAAGCCUGUAAUCAGUGUUCCUUUCAGUUCUUCAAAAGAACGGCAAGAAGUUCUGAAUCCAAAUCUUACCAUCCCAGACCAAGAUCAGAAGGGAUCUAAAAGUAAAUCUAACUGUUAUCAGCAGCGUAUAUCAAGACAAUCUUCAAGCAGACCAUCAGCUUCUUGGAUCCCUUUUAGUAAGGGCUUAACUGAGGAAAGCAAGAAAACAGAAAAUGAUUGUACUGCGAGGAAACCUGUCAAAGUCUUUGUACCACCGUUCAGAACAAGGUCAGGUGUUUCUGAGGAAAUAGCUCACAGCAAAGAAUAUGACUUACUGGGCAGCAAAAAUAAUAACAGAAAGGAAAAGCUAACUCUUACAAGUAUUCAGGAAAGGACCAUUGACCCAGAAAACGGUUCCUUUGAAAACGAUAGUACCACACAGAUAUCAUUGGUAGAUUCUGAAUUCACAGAUAUAAAUUCAGAUUUGACAAAAAGAAUAAAAGAUCUUCAGUAUGCCAGAAGUCUACAAGAAAUGAGAAUUAUAAGGAAAAAAAGGCAAAGAAUUUGCCCACAACCAGGGAGCCUGUAUCUUGUGAAAACAUCUGCUGUGGCAUGUAGGAUUCCUCUUAAAGAUGCAGUGAAUGAGAAAUUUCCCGGUUCUUACGUCAGUGAACAGUUGUAUAUGUUUGGCGUUUCCAAGCAGUGCAUAAAAAUUAGCAGCACAAAUGCAGAAGAUUUUCAGUUUCAUAUUCAGGAUUUUUUCAGUAAAGAGUAUUUUCUAGAAGGGCAUGGCAUACAACUGGCUGAUGGAGGUUAUCUUGUUCCUACUGAUGAGGGGAAGGCAGGAAAAGAGGAAUUUUACAGGGCUUUAUGUGACACACCUGGAGUAGAUCCAAAGCUCAUUUCAAAAGCCUGGGUUUACAACCAUUACAGAUGGAUCAUUUGGAAACUGGCAGCUAUGGAAGUAGCAUUUCCCCAAGAGUUUGCCAAUAAAUGUCUGACUCCAGAAAGAGUUCUUCUUCAGCUAAAGUACAGGUAUGAUAUGGAAGUAGACAAAUGUCAUCGAUCAGCCAUCAAAAGGAUAACGGAGAGAGAUGAUGUUGCUGCUAAAACACUUAUAUUGUGCAUUUCUAAAAUUAUAUCAUUAAAUGAAAACGUGUCUCACAUCUAUGACAAAAGCACAGCUGUGGAAAACAAACGAGAAGCGGCUGUGGUUGAAGUGACAGAUGGCUGGUAUGGGAUUAGGGCUGUCUUGGACUCUGCUCUGCAAUCACUGUUGCGUAGAGAGAGGCUGAUUGUGGGUCAGAAGAUCAUUGUACAUGGAGCAGAACUUGUUGGUUCAGAGGACGCAAGCACUCCUUUGGAAGCAACAGAAUCUCUUAUGUUAAAGAUUUCAGCUAACAGUACUCGACGUGCACGAUGGUAUGCAAAAUUAGGAUAUAAUCGGGACCCCCGGCCUUUUCGUUUGCCUUUAUCAUCGCUGCUUAGUGAUGGUGGGACUGUUGGUUGUGUUGAUGUCAUUAUUCAAAGAGUUUAUCCCACACAGUGGAUGGAAAAGUUAUCAGCAGGCUCCUAUGUGUUUCGUAAUGAGCGAGCUGAAGAAAGAGAAUCUGCAAAGCAUAAAGAAAAUCAGGAAAAGGCCAUGCAAGCAUUGCUUGCAAAAAUACAAGCUAAAUUUGAAAAGAAUGAGGAUGAAGGCAAAAGAUCACUACGCUCCCGCAUGCUAACCAGACAACAGAUUCGUUCCCUGCAAGAUGGUGCAGAGCUUUAUGAGGCAGUCCUUAAUGCUCCUGAUCCAGCUUACAUGGAGGGCUAUUUCAGUGAGGAGCAAUUAAAAGCCUUGAACAAUCAUAGGCAGAUGGUAAAUGAUAAAAAACAAGCACAAAUAGAAGCAGAAUUCAGAAAAGCAGUGGAAUCUGCUGAGCAGGCAGAACCGAGCUCCUGCAGAAGGGACGUUACAGCGGUAAUGAAACUACGUAUUGUGGAUUAUGGAAAAGAAGAAAGAGGGAAAGAAGUUGUAUUGAACAUCUGGCGUCCAUCAUCACAUCUUUAUACCCUCCUAAAGGAAGGAGGUCGGUACAGAAUCUUCCAGCUAGCCACAUCCCAGUCCAAAGGCAAGCUGGAGAUAGCUGAUAUACAGCUCACGGCUAACAAGAAAACUCAGUAUCUACAGCUACCGGCCUCUCAAGAGAUUCUGAUGCAAAUUUUCAAGCCAAGGGAGUGUCUGAGGUUCAGUGAGAUAUCGGAGCCUGGUUUCCAGCCAGCAUGUUCUGAAGUGGAUUUGGUGGGAUAUGUAGUUUCUCUCAGAAAAACAACGGGGUUCUCUGUGUUGUAUUUAUCAGAUGAAAGUCAUAAUCUGAUCGGAGUCCAGAUCUGCAUAGAUUUUAAGCUGCUUGCUAUUGAAGACUUUAUUAUUCCUUCUAAGUUGAUUUCUAUAACCAAUCUUAAGUGGCAACCUAAAUUUAGAUCAGACAUUCCAACCUUAUUUGCUGGAGAUCUCACUGCAUUCUCCUCAAAUCCAAAGGAAAGGCAUCUUCAAGGAAAAUUGAAUGAACUGAAAAAUAUUGUAGAGAACAACAGCUAUUUUGGCAAAGAUGCACAACAGAAACUUAUGAAUUUGCUUCAUGCAGCUGACCCACAAACUUUUAAAUUGGCCAAAGAAAGUGGCUUGGAACCUUCUCCCUGGAAAUCUAGUGCAAGAAAUAUGCAUUCAAUUGCAACUCCAACCAAUGAACUAAGAAAUCAGAACCCAUUCACAGUUGGAAAACUGAAUUCAACACCAUCAGUUUCACUAAACUCAGAAAAAAUGACCCAAGAGCUACACGAAUUUUCUAAGAACUAUAAGAAGAGAAAAGCAAUGGACCUACUCAGUCAAGUACCUUCCCCUCCCCCAGUGAAGCCAAUCUGUACAUUUGUCUCCCCAUCUCUGAAAAGGGCAUUUCAGCCACCUCGAAGUUGUGAUACCCAUCAUACAAGAAGACCAUUAGAAAGAACAACAUGUAAGUCUGUUAAAAAACCUUACCCGAAAAGAUUAAAUGAGACUUGCUUUCCACUUGAAAACAAUUUUGUUGCUGAUGAAGAACUUGCUAUGAUAAAUACACAAGCCCUUUUAAAUAGUUUUCCAAAAGAGAAAAUGACUUUACUGAUAAAACUACUUCGUGAUUCACCAGAUAGCUAUUUACCAAGAGAGACUUCUUCCCAGUCAGCUGGCAGAAAAAGUAUAUUGCAAGAGAAUAAUAAAGAAAACAAGAUUCCUGGAAAUAGCACAUGUGAAACUAGGAGUUCAUAGGCUGUGAGGUAAGAGCAAGCAAAUACAAAGAAGACAGAAAUACUAAUAAAAGCCUGUAAAUUUAUUGUAUGUUUUAAUAUUUAA